AUGGACCCAUCAACGCAAGCAAUUGAGCAGGAAUUGACCCAUUUACACGUAAAUGACCCAUUUGACUCAAACUUGCCACCACAAAUGAUACAUGCAGAUGUCAUUACUGCAGCUGUGAAAGCUAAAGCUACAGAUACAAAGGAUCAUAAUCAUGAUCAUGAUCAUUUAUUAGAUAAAGACGAGCAUGAGGACGCUACGGAACGUUUCGACCAUGAAGGAGUCUUGAAAGCUUCCAUCUUGGAAAAAGUCGCGACGGAAAAGCGAUUACGUAAACUCUCGGAAGUAUUGAUGGAUGAUUACGAUGCGACACAGGAUAAUGCCGAUGCGGGUGAUUUAUUUGAGACACUUCCAGCACCAUAUGGUCAAUUAUCCACCUAUCAACGGAUUGAGAUUACGUCAACGGGUGAAGACAUGGAUUAUGAGACCAAAGAAGUGUGUAUACUUAUCCGGAAAUGUCUUUCUCUCCGAAACAAAUGGAUUACAGUAAAUGAAGAUUAUCCGGCGACUAUCUGGCCAAGUCCAUCAAAUGUAGCCAUGACAACAACAACAACAACAACAUCGAGUAUACAUACUGGAGCCAAGUUACGACAUCGUGAUGAAAUUCCGUAUACACCCUAUGAGAAUCGUAUACCUGAUACUACGCGUCAUGCUUUUCAAAUGAUUGAUGGUGUUGUUAUGGUGUAUACAAAUCAGGAAAUGAUGGAUCAACCACCAAUGUGUAAAAUUGGUCACAUGGAAGAGUAUUACAAGGAUUUGUUUGAAAUCAAGCGAAUUACCAACUAUGGACCGAUGAAAACACUUGCGUUCAAGCGAUUGCAACUAUUGGAAGCAAGAUUUAAUCUACACAUGUUAUUAAACUCGGAUCGAGAGCUUUUGGCACAGAAAGCAGUACCUCAUCGGGAUUUUUACAAUGUCAGGAAAGUUGAUACACAUAUUCAUCAUUCCGCAUGCAUGAAUCAAAAACAUUUACUCCGGUUUAUUAAAUCACGAUUACGUAAUUCACCAGGUGAGAUUGUGAUUUUUCGUGAUGGACGCUUUAUGACGCUGAGUGAAGUCUUUCGAUCAUUAAACCUUACAGGGUAUGAUCUUAGUGUUGAUACAUUGGAUAUGCACGCGAGCAAUACGUUUCACCGUUUUGAUCGGUUUAAUUUAAAGUAUAAUCCUGCUGGACAAAGUCGAUUGCGUGAGAUUUUUCUAAAGACGGAUAACCUGAUUGCUGGCAAGUAUUUGGCUGAAAUUACAAAGGAGGUCAUUUCUGACCUACAUGCCAGUAAAUACCAACUUGUAGAGUGGCGUAUUUCGAUCUACGGACGGAAACAAUCGGAAUGGGACAAGCUGAGUCGAUGGAUGUACGUAAACAAGCUAUCGUCUCCACAUGUGCGAUGGAUGAUUCAGAUUCCACGACUCUACUUUUUGUACAAGAACCUGGGCGAGGUUGACAAUUUUCAGCAAAUGCUAGAUUGUAUCUUCCUGCCACUUUUUGAGGUGACGCGUGACCCGUCGAGCAAUUUACCACUGCAUUUUUUUCUUGAGACGAUGGUAGGCUUUGACUGUGUGGAUGACGAGAGUAAGGCGGAACCGGUCCGAGCCGAACGUGGCAAAACGCUACCGAAGCCGCAAGAAUGGACCUAUGAAGCCAACCCACCGUACGACUAUUGGUGCUACUACUUGUACGCGAACAUCGCUACUUUGAAUGAAUUUCGUCGUCAGAAGGGUCUCAAUAUCUUCUCGUUUCGACCUCACUGUGGCGAAGCUGGCGAUCCCGAUCACUUGGCAGCAGCUUACCUCACUGCUAAUGGCAUCAACCACGGCAUCACGCUGCGAAAGUCUGCUGGGCUGCAGUAUCUGUACUACCUAUCCCAGAUUGGCAUUGCCAUGUCACCGCUGAGUAACAAUCGCUUAUUCCUUGCGUACCACCGCAAUCCGUUCCCCAUCUACCACGCGCGUGGUUUGAACGUCUCACUCAGUACUGAUGAUCCAGUCAUGCUUCACUACACAAAGGAUCCACUGCUCGAGGAAUACUCGGUAGCCGUGCAGGUCUGGAAGCUGACGUCCACGGAUAUGUGUGAGAUUGCGCGUAAUUCGGUAUUGCAGUCGGGCUUUGAGCACAAGUUCAAGGAGCAUUAUCUUGGCCCCCAGUACACAUUGCCUGGAUCACGCGGCAACGAUAUUCGAAUGUCGAAUGUGCCAGAUAUUCGUGUGGACUAUCGCCACGAGACACUGCAAGGCGAGCUCGCGUUCAUUCAGACGUAA